AUGGGCAAAGCCGAAGUGUUCGACCCCGGCCAUUCCGACCGCGUAACGGUCGUGCACGCCAACUUCAACGGCACCAGGAUCCUCACGGCAUCAAUCGACCACCGGAUCAAAGUAUGGGAUCGCAACGUGAAGACCGGCGAGCGCACGCUAGUCGACACCUUUACCGCCCACGACUCCGACAUCAGGGAUGCCAAAUUCCUGCACCCAACAACCGGCUCGCACAUCGCGUCGAUCGGCAACGACCUCAAAUUCCAGCUCUGGACCGAAGACGUAUCGCAGGCGCCCAACAGCGGCCGACGGUUCCGCCGCACCGCCACCAUCCAAUCGACCCCGCGCGUCCCAUUCGUGUCUCUUGACCUGAAGACCAUCGACAGCGUCUACACGACACUAGCCCUGAUCGACCGACAGGGCCUGCUGAGCAUCUACGAGCCCACCAGCCCCGACGAUCUGCGCGAGUGGACACUAGUCGACGUCUUCAAUGUAUGUGGCACGACGCCACCAGGCCGUGGCGAGGAAACCAGCUUCCGAGUCCGCUGGGACCAGAACCCGACCCUGCUGGCCUACGUGAAAAGCGUGAGCGACGACCGGAACCAGUUGAGCCUGGUCGUCUCUGCGCUCAAUGAAGUCAAGAUCUAUCGUUCCGUCGUUCCCAACAGUAACAGCAGCAACAGCAAUAGCAACAACAACAGUAAUAGCAAUCACGGCGGCGAUGUUGGGUCCGGAUCCGGCUCUGGUUCUGCCAUUAACACCGGCAUCAACACAGGCGACGGCGCCAGCCAUAGAGUCAUGUUCUACGAAGCUGUCCGGCUCCCGCGCCAUCCUGCGCUGGUGCGCGACGUGCAAUGGGCGCCCUUCAGCGUGCGUGGCACCGACCGCAUCGCCACCGCAUGCAAGGACGGAGCUUUGCGCAUCUUCGAGCUCGGCGUGGCUGACGCUCCGGACGGGGGGAAGACGGACACAUUUCCAUCCACUUCCGCUGAAAACACUAUGGCGCGCUCGGCGUCGUCGAAUCUCCAACAGCGCCACCAGCCUCAUCAACACCAGUCAAGUCUGACAUCUGCUAUUACAGGGCGUGGUUCCCAUCAAGGCUCCUCAACAACCGGCUCGGCCUCUGGUGCGGGUGUCGGUGGUGGUGUUGGUGCUGCCGCUCUGGCCGCAACCCCUUCUCGUUCAACGCGUACAGGACACACAUUCCCGUUCAUCACGACCAUCCAGUCAUCCAUGUCUUUACCCCACGCCCAUUCAGACGCCUGGUCGCUCUCGUGGGACGGCCAGGGCCAGGUUCUCAUGAGUAAUGGGUCUGACGGGGUCACCAAGUUAUGGAGGAAGAGUGUGUUGGGUGGACAGUGGCUGAUGUUUGCGGGGCAUGAGGUUCUGGAUCCGGGCGGCGACGAGGACACGGAUGGAGACGAGGAUGGCGAUGGCGAUCGGGAUAGCGAUUUAUAG